UCUAAAAGAAUUUUGCUCUGUCUACGAAUGAGUAUGAUUUUGCAGCGGAGUUAUAUAAAAACCCUUUCCUUUAAAGUAUGGAUUUGCUUUUUCGUCCUGGCUGUGUCAAGGAUACGCUGCAUUCCAGAUAAUGAAGUGAAUUUACUGGAUUCCCGGUCUGUAAUGGGUGACUUAGGAUGGAUAGCCUAUCCAAAGAAUGGGUGGGAAGAAAUUGGUGAAGUGGAUGAAAACUAUGCCCCGAUCCACACAUAUCAAGUGUGUAAGGUGAUGGAGCACAAUCAGAACAACUGGUUGCACACUAACUGGAUACUAAAUGAGGGUGCUCAGAGAGUGUUUGUGGAGCUCAAAUUCACCUUGAGGGAUUGUAACAGCCUUCCCGGUGGCCUAGGCACCUGCAAGGAGACGUUCAAUGUGUACUACUAUGAGUCCAAUGAUGAGGAGGGCAGAAAUUUGCGUGAAAGCCAGUACACCAAGAUCGACACCAUCGCUGCAGACGAGAGCUUCACCGAGCUGGACCUGGGUGACCGGGUGAUGAAGCUGAACACAGAGGUGAGGGAUGUGGGACCCCUGACUAAAAAGGGCUUUUAUCUGGCCUUCCAAGACCUGGGUGCCUGCAUUGCCCUGGUGUCUGUACGUGUCUUCUACAAAAAGUGUCCCUUUGUGGUCAAGAACCUGGCCCUCUUCCCAGAUACAAUAACUGGGUCAGACUCCUCACAACUCCUAGAAGUGUCUGGGACGUGUGUCAACAACUCAGUGGCUGAAGACCUUCCCAGAAUGCACUGCAGCGCAGAGGGAGAGUGGCUGGUGCCCAUUGGGAGGUGCAUGUGCCAGGCAGGUUAUGAAGAAGUUAAUGGGUCCUGUCAAGUGUGCAAACCUGGAUUCUACAGAUCUGCCCUCCAAACUCAGAGCUGCAGUAAAUGCCCUCCUCACAGCUUCACCAAGGUGGAGGGCUCCACCUCCUGCCAGUGUGAGCAGGGUUACUAUAAACGAGACUCAGACCCUGCCAACAUGGCAUGCACAAGACCCCCAUCAGCUCCUCGGAAUGCAAUCUCAAAUGUGAAUGAGACCAGUGUGUUCCUGGAGUGGACAGCACCAGAAGAGACAGGCGGAAGGAAAGACCUGUGCUACACUAUCCAGUGCAAGAAGAUCAGUGGAGAUCAGGGCCAUUAUAAGCUGUGCGGGAGCCAUGUCCGUUUCUUACCCCAGCGCACUUGUCUGCGGAACACAUCUGUCAUGGUGGUGGAUUUACUGGCACACACCAACUACACCUUUGACGUGGAGGUUGUCAAUGGUGUUUCAGAGUUCACCGCACCCCUGCGCCAGUAUGUCUCUCUCAACGUUACCACCAACCAGGCAGCCCCAUCUCCCAUCAGCGUGGUCAAGAAAGGCAAGACGGGAAAGAACAGCAUCACCGUGUCCUGGCAGGAGCCUGACAGGCCCAAUGGGAUCAUUUUGGAGUACGAGAUCAAGUACUUUGAGAAGGAUCAGGAGACAAGCUACACCAUCAUCAAGUCAAAGGAGACAGAGGUUGUUGCAGACGGACUGAAGCCCUCCUCUGUCUACAUCUUCCAGAUCAGAGCACGCACGUCCGCAGGCUACGGCAGCUUCAGUCGACGCUUUGAGUUUGAAACGAGCCCCUAUUUAGUAGCUGCAUCCAGUGACCAGGGCCAGGUUCCCAUCAUCGCUGUGGCCAUCACUGUGGGUGUCAUCCUGCUGGCAGUAGUCACGGGCUUCCUUCUCAGUGGCAGACGCUGUGGCUACAGCAAGGCCAAGCAGGAUCCAGAGGAAGAGAAGAUGCACUUUCACAAUGGCCACAUCCAGUUCCCUGGAGUGCGCACAUAUAUUGAUCCUCACACCUAUGAAGAUCCAAACCAGGCUGUCCACGAGUUUGCCAAAGAGAUUGAUGUAUCAUGCAUUACAAUAGAGCGGGUGAUAGGCGCCGGUGAGUUUGGGGAGGUGUGCAGUGGGCCCCUCAGACUGCCCGGAAAGAGAGAGAUCCAAGUGGCCAUUAAAACUCUGAAGGCAGGCUACACAGAGAAGCAAAGGCGGGACUUCCUGGCUGAGGCCAGCAUCAUGGGCCAGUUUGAUCACCCUAACAUCAUCCACCUGGAGGGAGUGGUUACCAAAAGUAAGCCAGUGAUGAUUAUAACGGAAUACAUGGAGAAUGGAUCUCUCGACACAUUUUUAAAGAAGAAUGAUGGGCAGUUCACAGUGAUCCAGUUGGUGGGUAUGUUGAGGGGUAUUGCUUCAGGCAUGCGCUACCUCUCUGACAUGGGCUACGUGCACCGUGACCUGGCCGCACGCAACAUCCUGGUCAACAGCAACCUGGUGUGCAAGGUGUCAGAUUUUGGCUUGUCCAGAGUGUUGGAGGAUGACCCCGAGGCCGCAUACACCACACGAGGUGGGAAGAUUCCUAUCAGGUGGACAGCUCCCGAGGCCAUCGCUUUCCGUAAGUUCACGUCAGCCAGCGACGUCUGGAGCUACGGAAUUGUCAUGUGGGAGGUGAUGUCGUACGGAGAGAGGCCAUACUGGGAAAUGAGCAAUCAAGACGUGAUUAAAGCAGUAGAGGAGAACUAUAGGCUGCCAGGGCCAAUGGACUGUCCCACUGCUCUCUACCACCUAAUGAUGGACUGUUGGCAGAAGGACAGAAACAGUCGGCCCAAGUUUGAGGAGAUCGUCAGUCUUCUAGACAAACUUAUCCGUAAUCCCAGUAGCCUGAAAAGCCUCGUCAACACUUCUAACAGGGUGUCCAAUUUAUUAGUGGAGCCCAGCAGCACAGAGCUCAGUGUAUACAGCUCUGUAGGGGAAUGGUUGGAAGCCAUAAAAAUGGGUCGAUACACCGAGCUUUUCAUGGAAAGUGGAUACACUUCAGUAGACGUGGUCGCUCAGAUGACCUUGGAUGACUUGAGGAGGGUUGGUGUGAACCUGGCCGGGCACCAGAAAAAGAUCCUUAACAGUAUACAAGAGAUGCGAGUCCAGAUGAUGAAUGCUACGCUGGCCAUCUGAGGACAUGCUCAGACAUGUCUAAGACUGUAGCCUUGCACUUUCUACCACAGACAACUAGUAACUGAAGGGAAUUAUUUAAAAAAAAGAGGGGGAACAAAAACAUACUGAUACUGUAUAAACCAAGAGACAAGAAAUGCGGAGAUAAAGUUGUCGAGCGAACCGUUUUUUUUUUUUGUUGUUGUUGUUUUUUUGGAGCACAGCUCCUUGGCUGAGCGUUUUUUUAGAUUUCAGAGGGACUAACGGGAGCGUGUUGAGCGGACAUUUCCCAAACGGUGGCACAUUCCCGGGAAUGAUUCUGACAUGGAGGUCAGCCGUCUCUGGGCCGAAUGUAUAGCACUUUUUCCAGAGCUGUUUCAAGGGUAACAUUACCUCCAGAAAGCCACUAGAUGUAACAGUCAGGAUAAAGCUGUGCUUUCACUGAAAAUCCCUCAGAAAGGAGUCGAUGCAGUAAAGAUUUGUUUGAAAUUAUUUGUUGAAGUAAUGAACUGCUCUGUAUUACAUAGCAAUAGUAGAUAGCUCAAUGUCUUUUCCUUUCAUUUCUUUUACCUGAUUCCAACAAGAUGAAGUAAUGGACAUGUAAAAUAAUUCUUCUAUUGCACAAAAUAUGUGUCUUAAUACAGGGGUGGUUAAAUAUAUACGGAGCGUGAUGCACUUCAGCAAAAUUAUUACAGUACUGUUUAUUUAUUCCUGCACAUAGUUAAUAACUCUAUUUGUAAAUACUGUACAGUUAGCAAACAUAUCCAUUCAUAUUCCGUUUAGGCAACGUAAGACUAGAGAUCGGAGGGAGUAUCUAACAGUGAAUGCUCAAUAUGUUCAGGUUUGUUAAUGCUCAUAAUAUUUCUCAGUGCUUCAUGAGGAAGUGUACAACUGCUGCCGCACUUGAUGGGUGAAACAUGUUCGUGAUUCUUCCAUGUUGAUACUUUAAAUUAUUGACUAUUUAUUUCUGCUCCUUUUUCACCUGGCGGAUCAUGUCAGGACUCUUUGUUGUUUUAUUUAUAUUUUGUUUAGUUGAUGAAAUGAGCACAAAUCUUGGGAAUCAUACAGUUCUGAGAUAAAAUGACUGCUUUUGAAAUGGGAAUGAAUAUUUCAAACAGAUAAAUUGUCUGUAUCUGCUGAGCUGAAUAAUUAUGACAACAAAAAUUAGCUUCAUAAUAUAUGGCAAUAGUCUUACACUGGGGACACAUAGAUUUAAUUAUUUCCACAUAGAUGAUUUUUCGUGAAGUUCAUAUCCAUAUUUUGUUUUCCAGUUUACCUUGAAAUGUAUUGGUAAUAUCAAUAUCGGAUCAUAAAUCUCUUCUGUUCUUAUGUGAACGACUUUGCAGGGCUGUUUGGAGCUGUUCAGUGAAUGCACCAUACCAUCAUUUCAAACCUCAUCUCAUUUUUGCUCUCAUAAGUACAUUCAAACCCGUGUUUUCUCCAAUAACAUAUCUUUUACCUUUUGAAGCUUGGUUGUGGUGAUUAAAAUGGGUUGACAUCUUAAUAAUUAAUUGAUAUUCAAUGAAAAAAUUAUAUAUGCUCAUUCAACUGAAAGAACAACAACAAGAACAACAAAACUGUUUGAUUUUAUGCUAUAAACUGAGUCAUUAAGUAUGAAGUGCCUCCUUUUGUUAAUUCAGAGUUUAGGUUACUCAAUAAAUCUUUUACUUCUGAGAA